AACCCGAAAUCUAAAAUUUCCGUUCGCCUCUCUCUCUCUCUCUCUCUCUCUCUCUCUCUCUCUCGCUCUCUGAACCGCUUCUCUUCUCUACAAGACUUCGAAAGUAACAGGAACCGACCCAGCGCGACGGAGAAGGGGAGAGAGAGGGAGAGAGAUGAGUAGAGACGUACGUGGAAGAUCCUACCGACGAUUCCUCCUCCUCGUCGCGAUACAUCUCCAAUUCAUUUCAGGUCUAGGUGAUGAUCCAUCAACUUCGAAGGAUGCAACAAAAGCUGAUGCCCAUUCUAAUUCUAGUAGCAAGACAGGACGUGAGAUACUUUAUAUAUGUCUUGGAGUGGCUGGAUUUGUGAUAUUUUCUAUUUUCCUUUUCAAGUAUUGGCAGAAAAAAAAGAGGGAAGAGCAACAUGCACGCCUGCUAAGGCUGUUUGAAGAGGAUGAUGAUCUUGAGCUCGAACUUAGUCUUCGGGAUUGAGAACUUAAUUAUCAAUUGAUUGUACUUUUAUGGGUGAGGUCUCGGUCUCCAUUCAUGACAAUGUUCUCCAUUGUCAGUGAUUGUAAGAAUUUUGUUGAAUCUGAAUGUUUAAGGUACAUGAAGAUGAGACCAGAUGUAUUUCAUUUCUCUGUAGUUAAUAUAAUGAUGCAAUGGAUUAGGAAUUCUUCCAGUAAAUGGGAAUUCCCUUCUUAUUUCAUUCAGAAAAUUGAUCUGGAUUUGUACAAUGUAUGAGUAAUUUUCAUAGUAUACUGUGUCCAACUGAUACAUGUUCAAUGUAUAUGUAUAUUUUAUAUAAAUGAGUUUGUUUCCAUUUAUUCAUGA